AUAUUGCGUGUAAAUUUUUCACGUCACAUAGGACCUGUACGCCUAUGUUUGGACACGGGUCAGUGACUCGGGGUGAGUAAUUCUCUUCGAAAAAGCUUUCCCAAAAUUUACUGUUAACGCCCCACGACCUACGCAAUAAGUGUGUCACCGGACUGACAAGAAGUCCUUCUCUCACCCAGGCGAGUUUUGGAGGGUGACACGGUAACUUUUGUGGCGAAAACUGAGACGAAAUUUCGAGCAUGAGUUCGAAAAGUGGCAAGAAGCGGUCGUCGAAGAGCCAGCCGGACCCCCCGGGCAGACCGCGGCUAUGUCGGAUGGUAAAGGGAUCAGGUGGCUAUGGAUUCAAUCUUCACAGCAAACAGGGGCAACAUGGCCAGUACAUACGGGGCAUAGAUCCUGGCUCCCCGGCAGAGAAAGCCAAUCUGAAGAAGGGGGACCGUGUCAUCGAGGUCAACGGCGUCAACAUCGAGCGGGAGACGCAUGCACAGGUUGUGGCGCGGAUCCGGAGUGGCGGGGACCGCACGGCCCUGCUUGUCGUGGAUCCGGAGCUGGAUGUGCACAACAAGAAGUACGCGCUGACCGUCGACGCCAAGAUAGCCGACGAGAGCCAGUUCAUAGAGGUUGAGAACUCUGCACCGCCGAAGGGAGAAGAGGAGGAGCCCAAGGUCAACGGGGAGGCGUUACCGGCCGAGAACGGAGUCGUCACGACAGUGGAGGUCACAGCAGAGGAGGCCCCACCUGAGAGGAUAGAAGAGCCAGUGGAGGAGAUAACAGUUUCCACAGAGGAGUCAGUACCCGUUGAGUCGGUGCCCAAUGAUGUGCACGUAACGGCAGAGGAAGCCGAGACCAACGAGACGGCCAGGCAACCUGAGGAGAACGCCGUAGAGCCGGAGGUGGUGGUUGCUGUGGCAGCGGUCGACGUGGAGUCUACACCCGAACCAGCCAGGGAGCCCAGCCCCGAGAGGGAAUCGUCACCAGAACCAGAAAGGGAUGUCAAGGUAGACGAGGAGCCACAACCCCAAACAGAACCCCCCCAGGAACCCCCACCAGACCCCGAACCCGUUCCCCCUGUAGUUCUGGUUGCCGACGUGCAGGCCGUGGAAGAACCACAGCCAGAACCCGAACCCAUUUCAACCCCCGAAAAACCGGAACUGGAACCGGAACCAGAACAAGAGGCCCAACCUGAACCAGAGCCCCCUGCAGAACCAGAACCCGUAAAAGAACCAGAACCAGAGGUCUCCGAGGAACCGGAGACACCAGCAGAGCAAGAACCAGAGGCUGUCCUUGCCGCCCCUGCCGCGGCAGUCCCUGACGAUUCUUCACCAGAGCGAGAAUCAGAACCCGAGAGAGAGUCAACACCGGAACCGGCACCUGAGCCAGAACCUGUGCCAGAACCUGUUACAGAACCCGUUACAGAACCCACAACAGAACCCACACCAGAACCCACACCAGAACCGGAACCAGAACCUGUGAAAGAACCCGAGAAAGAGCCAACUCCAGAACCGGAACCAGAGCCUGCAGCAGUCCCCGAACCCGAACCAGAGAGGGAGCCCACACCAGAACCUGUGCGAGAACCCACACCAGAGCCGGAGCCGGAGCCAGCCAGGGCCCCCACCCCGGAGCCCGUAGUCGUGGAUGAGCCUGACCAUUCCAAGAGCAAAGCACCCCCACCCCCAGAGCCAGAGCCCGAACCAGUCAAGCCUAAGGCUGAUAAGAAGGUCAAAGAGUCCAAACCGGAGAGACCUAAGGAGAAGGGCGGACUGGACCUGUCGGACAUGGCCAAAGCCCGAGCCUUAGCCGCUGGCAAGAAGAAGAAGAAAGCGGCUUCCAGCGCCGACUGGCAGUCCAAGUACAACGCCUUCCAGAACUUGAAAUAAAACGCUGUGUGCGGUGUUGAGCAUACACCAAAAAGUCGACCCCCGACUUUCAAGGAAUUGUAACGUAUUUUCAUACCAUCCACACUUUCGUAAAUCCAUCCUCUGUCGGUCAAAUUUUUCCAGUCAUCUCUUUUUUUUUUUUCGUUCCGUUGCUUUUCACCUUCUCGUCAGCUAUGUCUUUAUUUUUGCUUUGCUUAUAAUGGAUUGAAGAGGACUAAAGGGGGGAUGGGGGAAUGAAAUGACAUGUAGUCAUAGUUGUAGAUGCAAAGAACCUGGCAAAGUGAAUAUUCUCCGAGAACGGAAUGAUUUUUUUUUCUACCUUGUUCGACGGUAUGCCAAGUUUUGGAAUGAAAGUUUUGAUAGGGUUGUCAGGGGGGGGAGUGAUGUUUUUGUCAUGGACAGAGUUAAUAAGCCUAAAACCAAGAAAGCAAGUAUCGUAUGUGAUUUUGAAUCUUGUCACAGUGCUGGUAAAAUGGUUGUCACUCAGAAUAAAAGAAGCAGGAAAGUGCAUGUGGGACAAACAGAAAUGCAGGUACCCCAGAAAUUUUAAAAAACAGGGUUCUGUGAAGUAGCCCACAGUCCUCGCUUUUCUCCUCUGUGAACUGAAGGACAGUCUUCAACUCUCCGAGGAUUAAUACCAGCGAGGGUUUCAGAGUGAUGAUUUCCACUCAAUCGCAGCUCAGUAUUUUUAAGAGUUGAGAUACAUGUACAUCAUUCUUCAGUUGGAGAAAACAAGAAAGAUUUGAGUUUGUAAUUCUGCAUGAUUUGUGAAUAGUUUUUGAGACUGCUGUGUUGGCUGCGACAGUUAACGUGGUGAAAUUGUUCUGCAUGCGAUGGAAAAAAAGGAAAGAUCAGAUUUGUCUUGCCUAGUUUUGUGAAUUUUGUGUCCCAUUCUGUGAGUUUAGACACGGAAAUUACAUGUAAGCCUACGCAUAAAUUUUGGCUGGCUUGCAAGAACUAUUCUACCACUUUCCAACAAAUGUUUUCAACAUCAUGACGUGUAUAGAAAUAGAACAGGGCUCAUUGGAUAGCACUCAGGCUGAUAACCGUUGAAGGGUUCUUGUGGUUAAUAAUUGGGUUACUGGUUGAUUUCUGCAGCAACAAAGCUUUCACUGUAAUUUGAACCAAAUCGCAGAAGUGAUUGAUGUGUAUUCUCUGAUAACAAGACUCCAUGUAACGCAGCAGUUUCUGAUGGUGUGAUACAAAGACCAGGUGCUACUUCACAGUGCACUUAAACCACUUUUACAGCACAGAACCUGUUGUUUUUUUUUUAAAUUAACAAAUUUUUUUCCCCCAGAAAUUGCUUCUGCAAAUGACAUUCACAAAGCUAACAUCAUUCCCAUUUCACUCUCCGGCAGACUGAUUUUGGAAAUGAAUCAAAAGUCAACGCAUCAAUCAGCCAUAACCCUUGAAAUCACAAGGACUAGUAUGAAGCAUGUAGGGAUAAUAAGUGCACUGGCCGGAAAUAUUUGACUGUCUUCAAUGAAGCCUUAAAGAGGUUUGUGGGAGGGGUGGCCACGGCGACCAAAUAUUGUGAUUUAGCGAUUAUAAGUGCAGGUUGGUAGAACUGCGUCAGGCAGCUGGACUUUCCUCAUCCUUUGGGUUCUGAGGUACGGCUUUCUAGCUCCCCCCCCCCCGGUGGCUUUUUCCUUUCUUCCCUUAGAUAGCCAAGUCCAGGGAAUCUUGCAAAAGCUCUUGUUAAAGAAAACAUCAUUUCUCCGGAAGCUAUUUCAAAUCGAGUCAUCUCAGCCAUAUUAUAGAGCAAGAACACCCUUUACAGUCCCAGCAUGCAUCCACUUGGCACCGCCAACCGUCCUAUCCUGUUACAAAGGCCUCGCUUCACAUCAGGCACUUAUACAGAGCUGGGCAGGUCACCAAUAUUUCAUCUGAAGUCAAAAAUUACAAAGCCGCCAUCAUGCAACCACGCACACACACGAUACUAUGCUCAUGUUCUCUCUUGUGUUUCUUGUAGCAGCCAAAUUUAGUUCUCCUCUCAUUAGGCGUAGUGGAAUUUUUUUUUGUUCAUGCAGCCAUGAAAUAGACCACAUUAAUUCAUUUACCAUUGCUUAAUUAAUAGACAUCCAAGAAAGUUGUGUUCAUUUAAAAUAGUGAAGUUUUUCCGUUUCACCAUUAUUAGAUUAUGCCAAGAUUAUACAAGAACUGUAAAAAAAAAGUUUUUUUGUUAACAUUUUCAUUAUUUUACAGAAGUAUUAAAGCUAGAUUGUAAAGUUUAUGAAAACUACCGCCUUGAUUUUUGUAAUGUAAGAAAUCCUUGAAACAAUUCCUUGUACAAACGAAUUAAAUGGUGUGAUUUUUUUCCUUCAGUAUUUAGCACGUUUAGGUACAUUUUGUGCUGAAGGUAUAUUGUAGUUGAGACAUUUUUUUGUUUGUUUUAUAAAUGAAUUUCUAGCUUUAGCGCUUUGUGGCAGAACUGAAUAUGCAUUCAAAUAAUUUGCAUCUGAUUUACAUAUCUAUGCCAAAUGAAAACAUGUUUACCGAAGUUGAAGUUUAGCUUAUAAGUUUUUCUUUCUCGUUUACCCUUGAGUAGGAUAUUGACAUCACAUUUGUGUUGAUGUACAUAAAUCACUUUAUUCAGCAAUACUCUGAUUUUGAAAAUUUGUAAGAAAGGCAUUGAAGAGAUUGGUGUCAGCGGUGCAUAUACAUGUAUGGAGCUUUUGUACCAGGCAGUUUCUUCUCAGUUCCUGAUUUAUUGUUGGGCAAGAAAACUGGACCAUGAGCAGUGAAAAUUUCACUUCAAACUCUGAAGACAUUUAAGUCACAAAAUGCCUUUCACUCUUACUUGUAGUCGGGCCUCGCGUUCAUUUUUUUAGCCAAAUUAAGCGCAAAACGUAUCGUGCAAAGGACCAGCGGGAAAAAAAACAAAAGUGAGACUUUUACAGUGCAUCAUAUGGAAAAAAAUGGAAUAAUGGUAUGAUGCGGGUCCAGAUCUUAAGCAGCCUUUUUCUCAGUCGCAUGUAGGCAGAAUUAAGGGGAUCUUGGCCUGCAAGAAACUGUAGAGUUUGCCUGGAUAUUGUCAGCCAGGCACUGGAGUACUGGCACCUCCAUUUUGGUUGGGCUUUUAUAUGUUUGCUUUUUUCUCUCCUCUCUCUUCAACCGUGAUGUCAAGACUACUCGAGUCAAACAUCUUCCCCUUGAACACUUUCAGUGGUGAAGGAAUAAGGGGUGUCUACUUCCACUGUAAUUUCCAGCUGAAAUGGCGUCUGCAAAUUACAAGCAGACUCAGGUUCUUGCUCUCAGGAAAUCUCUUCAGCCAGAGGGGAGGGGGGAUGUGGGUAUGGUUGAGUGUGAUCCACUGAGAAUCUUAACUGAAGAUAGUUUUCCAACUUUAGGACAUGUGCAGUAGUUAUGAUUUCUUUUUGCCCUCGGCUGCUUGCUUUAAAUGUGCUUUGAUGUGAAUAUAUUUGCAUGAAAUUGUUAUAAAUAUGAUAUACAAAGUGAAAAUUAUUUUUUAUGAUUAAGCAAAUGACAGAGAGAAGAGGUGUGCAUGCAUUAAGAGUAGAUUCUGUGCAGACAUGCUGUGGUGUAAAAUAGUACUAGAAAUUAAUCAUGCAUGAAUGUUAAUCCUUUGCUCAUAAAUAUUCAUGAAGGAAACAAUGCCAAAAGUGGGACCAUGUUCUGUCAUUUUGAGUUGUGUGUUUUGUUCCUUUUGUAUUGCACACACCGAUUUUCAUGGAGGAAUUUCUUUUUAUUAAAAAAUGGGUUUACCUUUCAAAGCAAGUUGACCACGAAAAUUGAUUUUAAGAAUGGAGAUCUGGUCCUUUCGGGUAUGUGAAACUUAAAAACAAGGCAGAAAAUGCCACCGAUUUGAAUUUGGAGUGGCGGUUGUUGGGCAAAUCAGAUACAGCAAGUUGGACCUGCUUACCUGAGUCUCAUGAACAAGUCCUGUGUAAAGACCUGAGACUGACUUGACUGCCCACACAUAGUAUUCCUUGCACCCCUGUGGGAUUCCAUCGUCAAUGAUGACGGCAUGUUUUUACAAUUGGGCACAGAUCCCAAAUUAUAUCAGUUCGGAAAAUGUGCUUUGGUCACAGCAAUACAGAAGAACCCCUAAGGACAGGGUACCCUGUGAACUAUCUUGGAGGAAGAUAUCCUCUGUGUUAGGAAAAUUUUAACAAAGGUGUGAGGGCUCAUACACCUGCUCACAACAUGUGUUGGUCCUCACAAGAGGUAGCAUGGAAAAUGGGUGGCCAUCACAGCUACGAAACACAGAUUGCUUAGUGCAGGGAUUAGGCCAUUAAUAGGCUCAGUGUAUGGCAAGGGGAUAUAUCCACAGAAUGGACCAAAGCAUUUCUUUUCUUUACUAUUCAUUGGUAAAAACUGUUGUUGUGUGAUACAAAUUAUUGACGGUUUUUUGCACGGACUGCAAAAGAGGUGACAAUCUGAUAAGUCUCUGGUGACUGACACAGUUCAUUGGCCUUUAUACAAUUCUGGAAAUGCAAUGGAACGUUGUUUUGAAUUAUGCAACAACAAAAAUGAAGGGGAAAGGAAAAAAUUCCAGUACCUCUGCAAGUUUUACGUUACAACUUUGAAGCAAUUGGAAUGCACAUCUGCUCUAUUUUUGAUACAUGUACGUCACCUGAGAAUGCCAUUGGUGGAGUGAUUUAAUAAUUUGACUUUAAUGUUUACCGACUGCUUUACAAUGAACAUUUUAUGAGAAGUAGGUUUUAGAUACAUUGUAGGUUAGAUAUCUUGUCAAGACUUGAAUGAUACCUACAGGUGCAUCAUGGGGAGGCAAAUGCAUUUAUGCCCUGCCCGUUUUAUGAUCUGCUCCGAGAAAUUGGCCAGGCCCAAUUCAAGGCUCUGCUUACUGUUGAUUGUGUGAGCGUGAUCUCUACUGACAGUUCACGUACUUCUUGAGUGAGCAUGGCAUUGUACAGGGCAAGUGCCAAAUUUGUGUGCUAGCUCAGCAGAGAAUUACAUUUAUAGACGCUGAGAAUCCAUGCUAAAAUGGAGGACAGCAUACAGGCAAGGCAGGGAAUGACUGAGGACAUGUUUCCCAUAGUUGUGUCCUCAGUCAAUCACAAGUCCUCACAAUGGGAAGCAGCCACAGUUGGACAGCAGUGUCCGUUGUGAAUGCAGCCUUCAAUUCUGCAUGGUUGCAGAUGGCUUGUGGGCUGGUGCUGUCCUCUGUUCUCAGAAAUCAGUGUUACAGCAUCACUUUGCCCUGGGGUACUAGGCUGUAUACAAAGGCAGUGACUGGUAUUUCGAGCAUUUUGUCUAACCAAGGAAACUGACCAAAUCCACAAGGGAGGCUGUUGCUUGAUUGUAUAAAGGUCACAUUUUGAACUAAAGUUGAUAUCUUGAUUGCUUCAAAUUGAUGUUUUUUAAAAAGUAUUAAAUAACAAUCUUAUUCACCAGGUUGGACAAAAAGAUUUUUUAGUUAAUUGUUCAGAUUUCAGUCUUUUAAAAUCACUAGCGCUGGUCAGCCAUGUUGCCACUGGUACCCAAGCAGAACUGUAGCUUGUUGCAGAAACUAAACCAUGAUCACUGGUUUUCAGUGCGUGCCACGGGGCUGAACCAAUAGUUACAACCAGGGUACCAACUUACCAACUAAAUCUGAAUGGGUACCAACUAAAUCUGAACAAGUGUCAACCCCCUGGUUAUACACUGUAAAGAUCAUGUGAUAGGUUACCAGCUGAGAAAUUUAUGGUACAUACAUGUACAUGUAUAUACCAUUCAAUCACUUUUGAUUGACAUAUUGUACAUUCAGACACAGGACAUCUGACAACAGACCUGUGUUUUUAUUUUAAAUGGUUUCAAUGUCUAAAAUGUAGAAUGGUUAUGAUGUAAACUUGUGACUGUAAUUUCACCUGACUGACGAUUCAAUUGUACAGAAAAGAACGCCGACAAAUACUUUUGGAAUUGAAACUCUGGUAACAGUAUGGUACCCGUAUUUUCUAUACUUGUAUUAACGAAUGAUGUACAUCUAGGAGGAAAAACAAAAGGAUCAAUGUAAUAAGACCGGAUGUUAAUAUUGAAAUAAAUGACCUGAGGUGCUUUGCCAAUUAAAAGGAG